AUGUUAUCUUUAUUACUUUGUUUUAGUUUUACAGAAUUUUUGGAUCCAUUCCAGAGAGUUAUUCAGCCAGAAGAGAUCUGGCUCUAUAAAAAUCCUUUGGUAGAAUCUGACAACAUACCUACACGCCUCAUGUUUGCAAUUUCAUUCCUGACUCCGCUGGCAGUCAUUUUUGUGGUGAAAAUCAUCCGACGAACAGACAAGACUGAAAUUAAAGAAGCUUUUUUAGCUGUUUCCUUGGCUCUUGCUUUGAAUGGAGUCUGCACAAACACUAUUAAAUUAAUAGUGGGAAGACCUCGUCCCGAUUUCUUUUACCGCUGCUUUCCAGAUGGAGAAAUGAACUCUGAAAUGCAUUGCACAGGAGAUCCAGAUGUUGUGUCAGAAGGCAGGAAAAGUUUUCCUAGCAUCCACUCUUCCUUUGCAUUUUCAGGUCUUGGCUUUACCACCUUCUACCUAGCUGGGAAGUUGCACUGCUUCACCGAUAAAGGCCGGGGGAAAAGCUGGCGACUCUGUGCAGCAAUCCUACCCCUGUACUGUGCCAUGAUGAUAGCUCUAUCACGAAUGUGCGAUUACAAGCAUCACUGGCAAGAUGCUUUUGUUGGUGGGGUCAUUGGCCUCAUAUUUGCUUACAUUUGCUACAGACAGCACUACCCUCCAUUGAGUAACCUGGCUUGUCACAAGCCCUAUGCCAGCCUUCUGGUUCAGACAUCGCUGAAGAAAGAAGAUACAUCUGCAGUGGAUAAUGCUACCAGCCUGCCUCUAGAAGGGAUAACGGAAGGUCCAGUAUGA